AUGGCCAGCAAACGUCCCGUCGAGGUGGCAACCCUAACUGAGACCACAAACACUGCUGUCAACCUGCUGUCAUCGACGCUCAAGCCGGACGCCUCCACUGAUGCACCACCAUCCACAUCGCCCAAACGCUUCUGCACCGGUCUUCGUUCGGACAGCUUCUUAGCUCGACCUGAAACCUUUCACAUUGGACCGAGCAUUGUUAUGCGCACUCAGAGGAAUUACGACACCCAAAGAUAUGAACUCAAUAAUGAUUUGAUAUUAGAAAAGAACAUUGACCAGUUGGUGCCGAUCGAGGCCUGGGGCUUGCCAAAACCACUGGUGAAGUACUACCAUGACAAAGGCAUUUGCAAGCUGUUUCCGUGGCAGGUCAAGGCACUUUGUCAGCCUGGGGUGCUCUCUGCUAGCCGAAACCUCGUCUACUCGGCGCCUACAUCUGCCGGCAAGUCCAUGGUCGCCGAUAUGUUGAUGUACAAAACUUUUUUCGAAAAGAAGAAGAAGGUCAUCAUUAUCCUGCCUUUUGUCUCCAUCACCCACGAGAAGGUAGACUCCCUCAAGAAGGUUCUCCAGUUUACGGGCAUCACUAUGGAGUGCUUUGCAGGGAGUCUCAAUCCACCGGGAGGCUUUUCUCGAGCUGAUGCAGCUGUGUGCACCAUUGAAAAGGCGAAUAACAUGAUCAAUCGACUCAUCGAAGAGGACAAACUCUCCGACGUUGGCCUCGUCGUUGUCGAUGAAUUGCACAUGCUGGCUGACUCUGGUCGUGGCUAUCUUCUCGAGCUUCUACUUUCGAAAUUACUUUUCGCCACCAGCUCUGCCGACUCCAAAGCUCAUUCUUUGCAAAUUGUCGGCAUGAGCGCGACUAUUCCAAAUCUUCCAGUUAUUGCCUCCUGGCUAAAUGCCGCUCUUUUCGUCACAGACUAUCGGCCUGUUCCGCUUACCCAGCUAGUCGUUAGAGGGGAGGAAGUUUUGAAAGUGGUCCGAAGCUCAUCUGAGUGUGUAUCAGACUGGUUAAAGCCUGUCGAACCGGCGGUUGACAUUGCAAGUUUGGAGAUCAGCUCGUCACCGGAUGAUGCUCCUUUAGUUUACUACGCCAUGGAAACCCUCUCCAAAGGCUUUUCAACACUAGUCUUCUGUUCCACUAAGCUGGGCACUGAGAAGAUGGCAUUGACUAUUGCAGAAAAUAUUUACGAGUUUGGUGCCAAAAAGAAAGAAAAGAUGACCCAACAGGCAGAAGCUCUCGGAAAUGCUUGUCGAGCAAAUCUGUGCAUGAAGAAAAUCGGGGAACUGUGGACGGCACUCUUCGGAAUGCCAAUGGGCCUUGACUUGACGCUGGCAAAGACGGUCCGCUUUGGAGUGGGAUUUCACCAUGCAGGCAUGAGUCACGAGGAAAGGUUGCUCAUUGAGCGAGCUUUUCGCGAUGGAACGAUCAAAGUACUUUGCUCGACGACUACACUAUCCGCCGGUGUAAAUCUGCCUGCUAGGAGGGUACUUAUCAACGGUCCCUACGACUUCAGCGGUGCUUUCUUACCAGUGGCCACCUAUCGACAGAUGAUUGGUCGAGCUGGUCGCGCCGGAAUUGACACUCUUGGAGAGGCGAUGCUCUUCUGUCGGCAAAAAGACUUUAUGAAGGCAAUGAAGAAUCUGGUUGGCGCACAGCUGCCACCCAUUGAAAGCUGUCUGGCAAAGAGGGAGCGGACCAUUGUAAACUCCACUCAAUCAUCGUCAUCACAAUCGAAUUUUAUGUCUGCAUCACAAGUCUCCCAAAUGUCACUUUCGGAGGCGGCAAACUCUCAACAGUGGACUGAGAAAAAAUCAACCUGUCUGAAGAGGGCAAUUCUGGAGGUGGUCUCCAAUGGAACGGCAAGGAGUGAGGACCAAGUAGAGGAAUACGUCAAGUCGACCUUUUACUCCACCUCUAGUCAACUCCUAAAAAGGGCAGAUGAGUGGUUGCCGACGCCCUUUCUCACGCCUGAUGAUGCCACAAUCAGCAGCAGCUGCAGAAGUUCACAUGAGGAAAUUAAGAGCGCCAUUAAGGAGGCGUCUCUGGACUUGAUGAAUGAAAAACUGAUUCACGGCGGAGAGGAAAAGGAGAAUCAGGAGGAGGAAUCAGCAGACAGCAAGAAGAGCCUUUCAGUGUCGAUACUGGGCAAGGCCAUCGUCGCUAGUGGCAUCGGACCAGACGAGGGACAGUUCAUUCAACGGGAGCUCAAUCGUGCUAGAGAGAACAUGAAGCUGAAAAAUGAGCAGCACAUUGUCUACUUGGUCACACCGCCGUACAUUGCCCGGAACCUUGACCUCGACUGGGAUCUGUAUUUGCAGAUUUACGAUGAUCUAAACGAUGCCCAACGCCUGGUGGGAGACCUUGUGGGCGUCUCCAAGGCCUUCAUUAUAUGGAAAAGGAACUGCGUCCUGCCGGAGAGCAAGCGAUCCAGUGCUGAUAUGGAAAAGUUUCUUGUUCACCAGCGCUUCUACGCCAGCCUGGCGCUCUGUGAUCUCGUGCAGGAGGUGCCGCUGAAGACGGUGGUCGACCGGUACAAUAUCAACAAGGGCCAUGUACAGUCGCUGCAGCAACAGGCGGCCACCUUUGCAGGCAUGCUGGUGGCCUUCUGCGAGAGGAUGGGCGAAGACUGGCAGCAGAUGGGCGUCACCUUCAGAGAGUUUCAGCCGCGACUAGCCUUUGGCGUCCACGCAGACUUGGUCGACCUAAUGCGUGUCUCCUACCUGUCCACCACAGUGGCAAGGCAACUCUUUGACGGAGGCAUCAAAUCGCUGGCUGAUUUUACAACUAAAAGCCCAAGUGAAAUAGAGUUUGAACUUAUUAAGAUAUCAACUCGCGAGGCGAAGAAAGCCGAAGAAGCAACUGGCAGAUAUCAGGGAACACAAAAUACCUCAACGCAAAGCGAUGCAGAUUCGGCUUACGGUACUCAAAGAGAGGAGGAAAUUCAACCACUUUACGUCCCUUGCCUCGGUCGAUUCGUGCCCGUCAGUGAGCUGACGAAGAUGAUCAUCAAGGAAGCACGAUAUCAACUUGAAGCUGAAUCCACUCACAGGUUUGAUUUCUUUGAAAAAGCAAAAACUACUACUGAAGAAACUGGUAAUCAUGUAAAUCACAAUGGCGAAAACGAAGAGAAAACAACUUUUCAAGAGGGUGAUAAAGACUAA